AUGCCGAUCACGCUUUCGUGCGCGUCCGUGCUCGCAUCCGCGACGACUUCGCAGCCGUCCACGACGCGGCGAUCCGUCGUCACUCGCGUGGAGCCGUCGGAGAGCUCACGGGCGCUCGCGAGCCUAAUCGCGGUGCUCGCGCUUUCGUCCUCUCCAGCGCUCGCGAAGACGGUGGAGAUCUCAAUAGACGCGAGUGCGAUCGAGCAGUCAUCGUGCGGCAUGGCGGGAGGGGUACCGGGGAGCGGGACGUACAAGGCAUCGUGCGUAGCGCUUAGCUUCACUGCGACCAAUCCAAGCAAGGAUAAUGUCUACAACGCGGAUGUUUUCGGCAACGUGAAGGAUCAGGCGAACGAUGACGUGCUGAAUUCGGGUCGGAUAGGUGCGAUCAAGGAGCUCAAACCCGGGGCGAACGAGGUCAAGCUAGAGCUCACGGUCGGUGCAUCGCAACCGCUACCUCUCAAGCUGAAAAAGUUCAAAGCUCGUGGGACAACUGAGAAGCUCACGAUGAGCGGGAACCCGUACGAUUACGAAGAUGUGUUGGCGUACGAAUCGUACUGA